GCAGACGACUUGCACAAGACCUUCGUGGCCCGGCCCGUGGGGAACCUCAUCCUCAAGGGCCGGAAGUCGGCAACGAAGGUUUGGGAGGUCCGUGCGCGUCGUACAGCGGAGAAAUCUGCUCUGGCCAAGACCUACGACAUACACAGGAAAGCUUUCGAUCUCUUCGUGAAUCGGCACUUCGGUGAAGCGCGCCCGCUGCUGUCUGAGGUGUGCCGCAGCCUCCGCGGCCGGCAAGGAAGCGUGGACGUUCCGUCCCAGCAUUUGCUGCACCUGUGC